GGAAAAAUCGGGUCGUUAAUAGACGUGCGGGUAUUUGAGGUUUAUUUAUUAAUAAUGCGUCCUGCAAGUGAUCCUAAGUUUGAUGGUGACCUGAACAACAACGUUGUUUUUUAGUCAAAUUAAUUGUUUCUAUUUGGGUGUAUUAUAAGAAUAAGAAUGUCAGCAGAUUUUGGAUUCUUCAAAUACGAGUCUUCUUAUGAGGACAGUUGUGAUUCCGGAUUGGAAUUCUCCUCCUACAAAUCAGAAACCACCGACCUGACAGAGGAACAAAGCGAUUGCAACCUCUUCGAUUUGGAUGGUGAAUUUAAUACACCUAAUAAACCGAUACACCCUUCAACCAUUAACGCUUCCCUUUAUGAGAAAUUUAACAGCGCAUUUUACAGUGGUCUAAAUGACAUUAAUCGCAGACCAAAAUACCAUAAAGAGGAGUGGGAAUUUUCACCAAGCUGCAAGAGAAACCUCCUAAAGGAUUUCGAAAGUGAGGCAAACAUUUAUAAAUACCAUGAGUCACUUAAAGAUGGUCAUAAGGAGGAAAAGCAAAAAAAGCGAUACGCCACUGGACGUAACCGAGUAUCCAGAGCCAAAAGCCCCACCCAAAUAAUGCGAAUAAAAAGAGUAAGGAGACUGAAAGCUAACGAUAGAGAAAGAAACCGAAUGCAUAUGCUCAAUGAAGCCUUGGAUCGGCUACGGUGUGUGCUACCCACGUUUCCCGAAGACACAAAACUAACGAAGAUAGAAACCUUAAGGUUUGCUCACAACUACAUCCAUGCCUUAUCAGAAGCUGCCAAGGAUAUUGAUAAGUACGCGGCACAAGACAAUAUAAUCCUGAAUGUAGGAAAUAUGACGGUUUCUAUUAAGAAAGAUGGUAACAGCAUUAAUCCAAAUAAUUCAGACACUAAUCGUUCACAUGCGUGUGUAAUAAAUGGAAGCAUUAGUAACGCAAGUUUCAUGCAGGAUUACAAUAUGGGAUAUCCGAUUAAAACUAGUGAGUAUGCUGAGUGGAGUGAUCAUAACUACCAGAGGCCUAUUCAGAACCAAACCGAUUUGGUGCCUUAUAAUAAUAAUUUUAAUGCGGGGCCUUAUGAUCAAUAUAGUCAGUAUUCUAGUCAAAACAAUUAUGGGUAUAAUAAUAAUGUCGCAUACGAUUGUAAUGCUUAUAUGAAAGUGCAAACUUAAAAAUUUUUUUUGUUGUAAUUAUUAAAUAAUCACUUUAACUACUUGAC